UAUAGUCCGUCGUGCAUCAUUCAUUGUUUCUUAUCAUAGUUUGUUGUGCCACAAGACUCAAACGACUCAAAUCGGGCAUAACUACUGGCUACUGCAUAAGAACAUUAUUUAUUUAUUAUAGUGCAACGUAUAUGUAAAAUUCAGAUUUAAGAUCAUUUUUCUACUUACUUCUUCGUUUGUGUACAUAAUUGCUUUAAAAGUAUUUAAACUAAACUGUUGUAUAAUAUCUGAAUAUCAAUAUGCAGUCGUCUCAGACUGGCAUGGUCGGUCAACCAAGCUUUAACGUGGGGCCUGGCUUACAAUCUAAUAUACAGACACAGGUUUCUGGUCAACACAAUGUAUUGGUACCACAAGUUCCUCUUAAUCAGAAUCCAGUAGGUGUUGGUUCCGUGUCCCAGCCACCAGUACCGCCUUCCAACCAAAAUCAGUCGGCUUCUGGUCAUCAAUUUAACACAGCAUCUUUGUGUCGUUUUGGACAAGAAACCGUUCAAGAAAUAGUGUCUCGCACGCACGAAGUAUUCCAGAUACUUAAAGUCCUAAUGCCACCGAAUGGCACUCCAACUGGUGCUAACAUGAGUAAUGAAAGGCGUAUUAAAAUGCAAGAUCAAUUGAGGAACAUAAAAUUACUCUUCAAACGACUAAGAAUUAUAUAUGAAAAAUGUAAUGAUAGCUGUCAAUUACAAGGUAUGGAAUACAUGCAUAUAGAAGGACUGAUUCCGCUCCAAGAAGAAUGGGACAUGAAGUCUGAAGAAAGGAAAACUAGCGAAACGUAUCGUGUUGCUAGCGAUGAAAUGAAAGAAGUAGCUGAACAAUUAAGUAAUAAGAAUAGACAUUUAAAAGAAAUAAUUGAUCAUCUCCGAAGAAUUAUAUGGGAAAUAAAUACUAUGUUAGCAAUGAGGAGGUCUUAAUAUACUUAUUUAAUUUAUAUGUAAAUUUAAGUUUCAAAUAAAAUACAUUAACUAAU